AUGUCCAAGCUCUCUACUCUUCCUGCACCUCUCUCUCGCAGCGAUAAGACAUGGGGCAGAGUCCUCAUUUGCGGCGGCACCGACUGGCCACGCCUGGGCAAGAAGGACAAGGGAGGGAAGAAGGGACAAGAGGAUGGCAGCGCCAACACCUCUCCUGAUCUCCUCGAGCCCCACAUCCUCCGCUCGCUGAGCAACAUCAAGGCCGCGUCCAUCCACACCUCAUGCGUCUCCUGCUAUUGCAUCGUCAUAGACGUCGACGGCGCGGCAUGGAUGUUCGGGCGCAAUGACAAGUCCUGUCUCGGCCUCACGGACGUCGACGCGAUUUCUGAGAACGAACCGCGUCGGGUGACCGCGCAGGACCUUGGCGCGCCGAAGGGCACCCGCCUGGUAACCGCGGGGUGCGGGAAGAGUCACACGCUACUGGUCGGGAGCGAGGGGCAGCUAUGGAGUGCGGGGGCGAAUCAGGCAGGCCAGUGCGGGCAUCCGGCCUGUCCACAAAUAUCGACAUUCAAGCUAGUGAAUGGGCCUAAAUUGGGCGGCGUGAAGGAAAAGGUCGUGCAGGCUGCCGCUGGUAUCACCUUCUCUGUCGUUCUCACGGAGAGCGGGAAAGUAUUUGCCUUCGGAAGCGAAGAGAAGGGCCAGCUUGCCAACGGCCAGGCGGGCGAGCGCAUCGUGUCGGCCGGCAAAUCCGCGUUUGACUAUGAGACGGAACCCAUCCUCGUAAGAGGUCUUGUGGAGCGGAAGAUUGUAAAGAUUGCCUGUGGUUCCCAACAUGCGAUAGCCCUUGACAGCGAAGGGCGUGUAUACGGCUGGGGAUACAACGGGUACUGUCGUCUAGGCCUGGGAAACCAGCAAGACGCGUUGGUUCCCAAGUUAAUCCCUCAGUUCGCGGGCCCCAACGAGCUCACCAUGGCAGCUGAUAUAGCUGCCGGACCCUCGAAUUCAGUUGUUAUUGACAAGCAGAACAUGUACUAUAUGGCUGGAAAGUGGAAGAACACUGGUGACGGAUCCGGAGGCCAACCCUUUUCCACCUUCAAACUCAUCCAGGACAUUAUGGGUUGCAAAAUCGUCCACGCAGCGUGUGGCGGUGUUACGCAUUGGGCCAUCGCUCAGGAAGAGGAGGGAGUGAUGACAAUCACCUUCGGUCAAGGUGCACUGAACGGCGAGCUUGGAUUGGGGCCAAAUGAGCCCAAGAGCUCCACGAAGCCUUUACAACACAAGCCGUUGACAGGUAUCGAUGUGUUGCAAAUCGCGGCCGGUCAAAACACGUCAUACAUACUCGCGCACCCCAACGACAAGUACUCCGACUUGCCCCGACACCCCGCCGAGAUUGACGUACCGGACUUCUGCUUCGUUUGCGAGACGGAUAACGGUGAUGAUGAUCCCCUGCUCGAAUGCGAGAAGUGCGAUUACCCGUUCCAUCUCAAAUGUCUGAGCCCGCCCUUGGACGCUGUUCCCGACGGGGAAUGGUUCUGUCCGGACUGCGAGGCCGAUCCAGGCGCCCCGGUACGUCUUGACGGCGUAAAGCGGAUCCUGCCCAAGGGCAAGAAGGGCAAGGCCACCGAUUUUGACGAGGAACUCGCCGUAGCUGGCCAGAAGCGCAAGGCCUCGUCCCAGGCCGCUCCUACAAAGCGCAAGAAGUAG